CUCAUCCUUCUUCAAGGUCGUCUACGGUCCAGUCAAGCCUGCCCUUCCGCCGCUUGUACCAGUAACGCCAGCUCAUUGUUCACCCUCCUCCCCCAGCAGCAGGCUGGCCAUGACCGCCUGGCGCCCACUCCCCCGUUUCCUUCGGCAGCAAGCUUUCUCUCCGUCUUUGUCCUUUUCCUUCUCCGCGCCGACGACGACCUCACUCGCCAGGAUGUCCUCAAGCACAACGCCGCCUACCGCCACGGACACAGACGGCUCGCUGGAAGCGUCGAUGCGCGCCAAGCUCGCCGCCGCGCUCGCACCACUGCACACGCUGCGCAUCCGCAACGACAGCAGCAAGCACGCGCACCACGCUGCGAUGGUCGCUGCGCGCGCGCAGGCCGCCGCGACGGUGUCUCGGCUUGAAACGCACUUCUUCGUUGAAGCCGUCUCGGGCGCGUUCAACGGGCUCAGUAGCCUGCAGCGCCACCGCAUGGUCCAUGCGCUGCUCAGCGACGAGUUCCAACGCCGCGGGCUCCAUGCGCUCAGCCUCAGGCUCAAGACGCCCGACGAGGUCGAGAAGGAGAAAGCCGCACAGCAGUAGAGCGGCAGCUGCUGCAGGUCUUCCCAAGCAAGCAGACCCCUUCAUCAUCAUCAUCAGCACCAGCAGCAUCGACUGACAAGGUCGGGCACGGCCUACAAGGCUGCCUGUCUCCAUGCGCCGCCCUCCCUCCCGUCGAGCGAAGCGCAACGCCUUACCCAAGCAUUGCACCCGGCGCGCGCAUCCGUGGCGCCUCGGCGCUCCCAGAAGCACACGCGCACACUCAUUCUCAACCGCUCGCUCAGAAGCCACGUGUCACCGUCGUGCCUUGGUCCAUGGCGCACCGCCCGCCAUAGUUUGGCUCUUACCGUACUUCGCAACAUUCCUCACUGGUGCUGAGCCAGGCUGUCCGCUGGCUGCGCUUUCAUUUUGGGGUGGAAGCUUUUGUGUCCACGAGCAUAUACUACAUGUCUCAUAUAUAGAGAAAUAGAUCGGAUGUA